AUGGAAAUCCAACAGCAACUGAUACACAUCUUAAAACAACGUGGUCUUAACCUAAGAAAAUGGUGCGCCAAUCACCCACAAUUACUGCAAAAUGUUAGCAUGGAGGAACAAGAAGUUGACAUAGACUUUGACAAUGACAUCAAUCAAACUAUUAAAACGUUGGGGUUAACAUGGAUGCCUAAGAUGGAUCGAUUCUGCGUAAAGGUAUGCCUAGGAAGCUGCAGUCUUGCAACUAAACACUCAGUCAGCGCCGAUCUUGCAAGGCUCUUCGAUCUGUUGGGGAUACUAGCACCAAUUGUAGUCAUGGCAAAAAUGUUUAUUCAAGAUCUCUGGCAACUGAAGCUGACAUGGGAUGAAGCAUUACCAGCCGAUUUGAAUGAGAGGUGGACAACAUUUCGUAAUGAUUUGCAAAAAUUGGACAACAUGCAAGUUUCACGGCACGUGUUUGAAGGAUAUAUCCCAGCAAAAAUUCAAAUUCAUGUCUUCUCCGACGCAUCAGAAAAGGCAUAUGGUGCUGCGAUUUACAUUAGAUCCGAGCUGGAUGAGGGACGAGUACAAGUGAGGCUGCUCUGUGCACAAUCUCGUGUGGCACCCUUGAAACGGCAAACUAUUCCUCGGCUUGAGCUCUGUGCAUCAGUACUGGGUGCUCAACUAACUACAAGGGUCAAAUCAGACCUUAAGCUAGACGAUGUGGCUACAUACUUUUGGACUGAUUCACAAAUCGUGUUGGCAUGGAUUAACUCAUCCUCAGCAUCAUACCAAACGUUUGUGGCAAACCGUAUAGCUGUUAUUCAUGAGCACACUACCGCUGAACAAUGGCGGCAUAUAAGCUCAAAAGACAACCCAGCUGACAUUCUAUCACGAGGACUGCCGCCGGGGAGACUAGAAACAUGCAAUAUGUGGUUUUAUGGGCAAACAAUCUUGCUUGGUAAAGAAGACACUUGGCCUUCAAAGUAUUCCAAGGCAUUAUCAGUAAUCAACGAAGGUAUCAACAUGGAACGGAAAGGGGUGACAUCAGUCGCUGUUGCAACCACUGGACAUGAAGGAAGCGUACUUUAUAGCAUUCGACACAAUGGCUCUUUCAAAACAUUACAAAGAGUGGCAGGCUACAUGCUGAGAUUUAUCAACCAGGCCAGAAACCAAUCGCGGGAGUCAGACAUUCCCUUGACCGUACACGAAUUGGAAAAAGCGCUUGUGGUAAUCGUUCAUACAAUGCAGCAAUCGGACUUUGAGGAAGAGCUUCAGCACCUUAAAAAAUACAACGAAUUUCGCAAAAACAGUUCUUUCCGCAGCCUGUCACCGUUUCUGGACAAUAAUGGCAUCAUCCGAGUUGGAGGGCGUCUACAAGCAUCAGAACUUGCAUACGAUGCCAAACACCCUAUGCUAAUUCCACAUAACAAUUCACUCGCCAAAUUAUUAGUACAAAUGAUCCAUAAAGAAAACCGUCAUUGUGGACCUCAAGCGCUCUUAGCUUACACAAGGCAAAGGCCUAUAAAGGGAAAAUUGCUGACCCGAUCAAUUGUGCUCAACUGUGUAAGAUGCACCAAAGCUAAGCCAAAACUAAUGAGUCAAAUUAUGGGGAAUUUGCCUUCAACAAGAGUAACUCCAGCAAGACCAUUCAUCAACUCAGGCGUGGACUUCUGCGGGCCAUUUUGGGUUCACUUCAAGAUAAGGGGAAAGAAACCACAAAAGGCCUAUGUAGCGGUAUUUUGCUGUUUUGCCACAAAAGCAGUGCAUUUGGAAUUAGUUAGCGACUUGACGACGGAUGCAUUAUUUGGUGCCUUAAAACGAUUUAUAAGCCGAAGAGGACAUUGUCAAAAUGUAUAUUGUGACAACGCAACCAAUUUUGUAGGCGCGAAAAACCAUCUUUCUGAACUUACUGACGUUGUUUAUGGAAAUUCAUCACGAGAAUCAAUAGUAAAGCAGUGCAGCGGAAAGGGAAUAACAUUUCAUUUUAUACCUCCUAGGACUCCACAUUUUGGCGGUUUAUGGGAAGCAGCGGUAAAAUCAGCAUCUACUAAUAAGAAGCACCUCGCACCAGCGUCCUUAGCGUAUGAAGAAUUGGACACGAUAAUCAUCGAGGUGGAAGGAAUCCUAAAUUCCAGACCAAUCAGCCCAAUGUCCGACAAUCCUAACGAUCUAACAGCUUUAACACCAGGCCACUUCCUCAUAGGAGAACCCCUUAAUGCCCAAGUUGAUCCAACGUCUAGGCCACAGCAAACAAAUUUAUUAACAAGAUGGAAACUUGUUUCUCACCUCAAACGCGAGUUUUGGAAUCGGUGGUCCCGCGAAUAUUUAUCGGACCUUCAGCUGCAAAAUAAGUGGAAGACACAACACAACAACAUCAACGUAGGUGACAUGGUGAUCAUCAAAGAAGACAACACACCGGUACUGCAGUGGCCAUUAGGGAGAACCAUCAAUGUAUAUGAAGGAAACGACGGUGUAGUGAGAGUGGCUGAUGUAAAAACUGCUAGUGGCACUUGCAAGAGGCCUAUUCAUCGGCUUGCACCCUUGCCCAAGGAAACAAAUGAUGCCACAGAACGACAAUAA